AUGCGCUUCACUCUCGCGACUCUCCUGGCAUGUUUCGUCUACAUGACGACUUGCGUAUCUGCCAUUGCCAUAAGCUACCGCGUCAGCUGGAAGGAAGGCAAAAAGGAAGGCGCAGAAUCCAGCUCCGAGGAGAUCGAAACCAGUCGCAAAGACUCGGUGAUAAACGGCAUGUCUACCUGGUCGGGGGGAAAGUACAAAGCAACCCUGGGUGGAAUUGGCGCUCGCGCCGUCAUUCAAGUCCAGGCUGUCCAGUCAGGAAGCAGCAGGAAGAAGACAGAAGCCCAAACUAUGAUGCAGGAAAUGAGGAGGCUGGUCCAGCAGAACGCUAAAUCGCGUUCACCCUCACCCGAACCCGCGAAGAAGCCAAAGAAGCGAUCUACUCAGCUCCGCAACAAAAAGCGAUCCCCUCAAUUCCGCAACAAGAAGCGAUCUUUUGCCAAGAGAGGCUACAUUGAUAUCCUGCGCCAUGUUGAAGUGAUCAGGGUAUGA